CUGAGUGUGCGUGUGUGUGUGUGUGUUUGCUGCUGGGAGCGAGUCGAGCAGCGGAGGACACUUUCCCCUCUUCAUCUCUUUCACUCCAACAUGCUCACUGCUUCGGCUGCGGACUGGCUCUAGAUCACACGUAAUCUCCUCUCCGUUCCCACACUCCACUCCUCCGCCUGUCGGAGCUAUCUGUCAUCCUGUGAUCCGAGGUGCUGCAGCAGUGUUGGAGGGCUCUUGUGUGGGCAGGUUCAUGCUGGAUCAGCUCCAAGUGCACCGCAGGUGAAGCAACACAACUCCAUGAGUUUGAUUUGGCCUGUCGAUGUCGAGCAGCUCCAGAGUUAGAGACGCAGCCCAGAGACCCGUGGUGAGCUCGUUGCGCCGCUCUUAGUUCCCAUCAUCCUCUUCCUCCUCCUCUUCCUCUCGCGGCUCGUGGGAACCGGCUCCGCCAUGUUUCCUUCCUCCUUCCUCCUCCUCUUCCUCGCUGUCCUGCUUCCUGCCUGCCAGCCGGAGUCGCAGCGCGUCGACCCGAGCGUCGAGCCGGACCCGCGGACGGCGCUGCCCUCGUCGGCCGCCGCCUCGCUGGCGCCGUCGCUGCCGUACGGGAACAGCUCCGCCUCUGGCGGUCCGGAUAAGUGCAACAAGCAGACGGUUUGCAACGAGGGCAUCCUGCUGCCGGUGUGGAAGCCCCAGCAGCCGGGCCUCGGGUACCAGGUGGCCCGCGCCGUCGUCUACUUCGUCUCCCUGAUGUACAUGUUCCUGGGAGUGUCCAUCAUCGCAGACCGCUUCAUGGCGUCCAUCGAGGUCAUCACCUCUCAGGAGAAGGAGGUGACCAUCACCAUGCCCAACGGGGAAACGUCCGUGGCGACGGUUCGCAUCUGGAACGAAACCGUCUCCAACCUGACGCUCAUGGCUCUGGGCUCCAGCGCUCCGGAGAUCCUGCUGUCGGUGAUCGAGGUGUGCGGUCACAACUUCGAGGCCGGCCAGCUGGGACCGGGGACCAUCGUCGGCAGCGCCGCCUUCAACAUGUUCGUGAUCAUCGGGAUCUGCGUGUGGGUCAUCCCCAACGGCCAGUCACGCAAAAUCAAACACCUCAGGGUGUUCUUCAUCACCGCCUUCUGGAGCAUCUUCGCCUACAUCUGGCUCUACCUCAUCCUGGCUGUCAUGUCGCCGAGCGUCGUGGAGGUCUGGGAAGCUCUGGUGACGCUGCUCUUCUUCCCCGUCUGUGUCCUCCUGGCUUGGAUCGCCGAUCGCCGUCUGCUCUUCUACAAAUACAUGGGCAAGCGUUACCGUGCCGACAAGCGCCACGGCAUCGUCGUGGAAACCGAGGGGGACCUGACCCCCACCAAAGGCGGCAUGGAGAUGAUCACUGACGGCAAGCUGCCGCAGGGAAGCGCCGUGGUUCCUGCUGAGAACGGCGGGGACGGAGCGGCGGGCGCCACGGCGAACAACAUCGGCGCCGCGGCAGUCGCCAGGGGCAACCUGCCCAACUCCAACAGCGCCACGGUGAACGUGGAGAGCGGUAGGGAGCUGGACGAGAGCCGCAAGGAGGUGAUUCGCAUCCUGAAGGAGCUGAAGCAGAAAUAUCCCGACAAAGAGCUGGACCAGCUGGUGGAGCUGGCCAAUUACUACGCGCUGCUGCACCAGCAGAAGAGCCGCGCCUUCUACCGCAUACAGGCGACCCGGAUGAUGAUCGGAGCCGGAAAUGUCCUGAAGAGGCACGCCGCCGACAACGCGCGGCGCGUGGUGGUGGCCGACGAAGAGGAGGCUGAGGAAGACGACCUGGCCGUCUGCAGCCACAUCUCCUUCGAGACGUCCCACAGUCAGUGCAUGGAGAACUGCGGCGUUCUCACGCUGGCCGUGGUCUGCCAAGGCGGUUUGGAGGAGAACACUUUCUACGUGGAUUACAGAACCGAAGACGGUUCAGCCAACGCCGGGUCCGACUACGACUACAGCGAGGGAACGCUGGUGUUCAAACCCGGAGACACUCGGAAAGAGAUCAAGGUCGGCAUCAUCGACGACGACAUUUUCGAAGAAGACGAACACUUCUUCGUCCGAUUGCUCAACCUGAGAGUCGGCGACGCCGAGGGGAUGUUCGAAAGCGACGAGGCGGGCAGCGCGCCCAAAGCCCAGCUGGUCGAGCCCCUGGUCGCCACGGUGACCAUCCUGGACGACGACCACGCCGGCAUCUUCACGUUCGGCGAGCGCCUGGUGCGCGUGAGCGAGAGCGUGGGCACCAUGGAGGUGACGGUGGUGCGAAACUCGGGCGCCAGAGGCACCGUGGUUCUGCCGUACCACACCGAGUCGGGCAGCGCCAUGGCGGGGGAGGACUACGAGGAGGCGCGCGGGGAGCUGGAGUUCACCAACGACCAAACCACUCAGACCCUCCAGGUGAGGAUAAUCGAUGAUGAAGAGUAUGAAAAACAUGAAAACUUCUUCAUCGUUCUGGAGGAGCCGCGCUGGCUGAAGAGAGGAAUCUCAGCUCUGCUGCUUAACCAAGAGGCGGCGGAGGGGCAGCUGAGCGCCGAGGAGGAGGAGGCCCGGCGGAUCGCUGAGAUGGGGAAGCCCAUCCUGGGGGAGCACAGCCGCCUGGAGGUCGUCAUCGAGGAGUCCUACGAGUUCAAGAGCACCGUGGACAAGCUGAUCAAGAAGACCAACCUGGCGCUGGUCAUCGGCACUCACUCCUGGAGGGAGCAGUUUGUGGAGGCGGUCACCGUCAGCGCAGGUGAUGGAGACGAUGAGGAGGAGGGGCGAGAGGAGCGGCUCCCGUCCUGCUACGACUACGUCAUGCACUUCCUCACCGUCUUCUGGAAGGUUCUGUUCGCCUGCGUCCCGCCCACAGAGUACUGGAACGGCUGGGCCUGCUUCAUCGUGUCCAUCAGCGUCAUCGGAUUCCUCACCGCCAUCAUCGGCGACCUGGCGUCGCACUUCGGCUGCACCGUGGGGCUGCAGGACUCCGUGACCGCCGUGGUGUUCGUGGCUCUGGGAACCUCCAUCCCAGACACCUUCGCCAGCAAAGUGGCCGCCAUCCAGGACCAGCACGCCGACGCGUCUGUGGGCAACGUCACCGGCAGCAACGCCGUCAACGUCUUCCUGGGGAUCGGCGUGGCGUGGUCGGUGGCCGCCAUCUACUGGGCCAUCAAGGGGAAGCAGUUCAAGGUGGACCCGGGUUCGCUGGCCUUCUCCGUCACACUCUUCACCAUCUUCGCGUUCAUCUGCAUGGCGGUGCUGCUGUUCCGGCGCCGGCCCUCCAUCGGCGGCGAGCUGGGCGGCCCCAGGGCGUCGCGCCUGCUCACCACCAUGCUCUUCCUCGGCCUCUGGCUGCUCUACAUCUUCUUCUCCAGCCUGGAGGCCUACUGCCACAUCAAGGGCUUCUAGUUUCAGGAGAGCGCAGAGGCCGGUCUAACGCGACUCGACGACAGACACGUGUUCAUAUGUAAACAGAUCAUUGGAGGAGAAACUGCGCAGGUAUUAAAGUGAGCUGGGCCGUGACGUCACGCCUGGCCGGGUUCACUGCUGGUCUAAAAGAUGAAACAUAUUCCCUCCUGUCUGCAGCGACUUUCAUGUUUUUACGCCGAGGAGGUGGAGAAAAAAAGAGUCAAAUGUUUACAAAACGCUAAAAUCACACGUGUUUACUACAGCAGGCCCUCCACGUGCGCUGUAAAUAGACCGGACGCUGAAAACGUUUCAGAGGAGGAAAAAUAGUCCCAAAAUGUGAUUAAUUAGCAGGGAAAUGAGUUUAGACGUGUCUCUUUAGCGCCUAGUCUCUGUCGGAGGACGGUUUUGCAUGCACAAGACACAACCAACUUGUUAAAAGGGAAAUACCCAGAAUCCACCUGUGAUUCUGAGCCGUCUGCUCAGUUAGCAUGCAUGCUAACGGACACGCCCACUGCUGCAGCAGUAGGACGACACAACAGUAUUAGUUUACAGAAAAUCUGCCAUUUAGAAACUCAUUCCAGCCAUCAACACGUUCACGUUGAUGCUCGCAUGGCAAAGAUGCCUUAAGGGAAAAAAACUCACAUAAAUGUGGUUUUCAGGCUUUAGCUGUACAAACCGCCCCGGCUGUCUCUAACAGUGUUAAACUUUAGUUCUGUGCAAUAUUUAAAGCUGGUUCUGCUAUAAUGUAACACUGGAUCCAGUAGAAAUAGACGUUUGGAGAAGGAGAAGCAGGAAGUACCAGUUGAAAUGUUGUUAUUGUUGUUCAGUAUUUUAACUCUGAAGCUACUGAAACUACCGGCUGCUAAACAGACUGCGAGGAACAAAACCCUGAACCGCGCGGGGAAAAAAUAAAUAAAUAAAAAACCCUCCUCAGAUUAAAAUUAAACUGACAUUUCAGGGUUUUUAACUUCCAAGGUGAAGGAAGAUGCAGAGAAACAACAGGAGUCAUUAUGAGGUCAGAGUUGCUUUCAGUAGCAGCUUGAGUCAAUGAGAAAUCAGUAAAAAUCCUUUUUUAUUUCGUAGCUCUUACAUACUGAAAACGUCACCCUAAGACUGCUCGACACGUCAACACUGUUACGAUAUCAUGACAGAUUUGAGUCGUUUCCCACAAUAACACUUUGUAAACUUUCUAAAAGGGAUUUUGUAUCUUUUCCUUGCAGGUGAAGCCAAGGUAGACUUUUUUUAUAUUUCCAGGCGACGUUCAGAUUAGGAUCGGCAUGAAGAGCCGAUGACGUCAUUCGACAUGUCAGUGGAUUAGGGUUUAAUUUGUUUUCCACGCUCCUGAGCCGAUCCAACGGUGAAAGAUAUCCAAACCUUGCAACAUUUAAACCGUCUGCUGCCCUAUAUGGAAGGCUGAAACUGCCAAAAUUAGGAAAAAAAUGCAAUUUGAUAAAUGUAAAUAAUUCAUAAAUAGAAAAUAUGUCAAAAAUAUUUAAAGUAGCAGUGGGACUGGAUUGAAAUGUUUAAUCAAGUUAAUUACAAGAUCUGUAACUAAUUAACCAUAUUUUAAUCUAAAACUAUAUAUUGACAAAUUAAGCAACAUUUUGCUAAAUUAUUGAAUAAAAUGACAUAUAUGACCAAAAUAAAAGUUCUGAUUUCAAGACUUUUUAAAGUCUUGAAAAAUUUGAUUUUUUUUUUUUAUUUUUUAAAAGAAAAAAUAGAUUUACUGAGUUAAAAUGAUUAAAGUAUUAAACUCAAUGUAAUUAAUCAAAAUAACACUUUAAACUCACAGCUCUAAUAUAGACUGAUUCUACAAAUUAGAAUAUUAUUUUUUAAUCAGCACUAUUUUAUGUUUCUCUAUUUUUAUAAUUGUAUAUUUUAUAUUUAUCACAUUCUUUUACUUUUUCUGUUUUAAUGUAAAGCACUUUGGUUCCCACUGUGUAUAGAAAUAAAGUUGAUUGAUUAUGAAGCACACUAUAUGGGUUAAUUAGACAUAGAUGGAUGUUUGAAAGUCUUUAUUUAUGCUAUGAUGAUUUUCCACUUACAGCUAAUGAAGACAUGACAUUUAAAAUUAGAAUAUUACACCAGAUCAAUAAAAAAAACAUGCUUAAUACAGAAAUGUGGGCUUAAUGAGAAGUAUGUUUAAUAACAGCCUAAAGGUUAUUUUCAAAAACUUGUUUCAAUCUGACAAAAUGUAUAUUAGAAUGUCUAUCCGAACAUUGCCACAUCAGUUUAUAUCUAUCUAUCUAUCUAUCUAUCUAUCUAUCUAUCUAUCUAUCUAUCUAUCUAUCUAUCUAUCUAUCUAUCUAUCUAUCUAUCUAUCUAUCUAUCUAUCUAUCUAUCUAUCUAUCUAUCGAUAUGUAUUUACUAUUUUAAUACCAGGAUUAAUGUUGGAAAUCCCAUUGGUUAAGUGAAAACCAGUCCCCUAUUUUACCUUUUUGACUAAUUAAAUUGUGUAUUUUAAAAGUUUCUGUUUCUAUCAUGAGAUACAGUAGGUGGAGGCUCUAUUAAAAAUAAUAAAAAAUAGUGUUUCUUUUGUCUAAUAGAGGAAAAAACAGGAAAAAUGUAAACAAUUUAAUUCACCUUCCACAGAUAUUGAUAUAUUUAUCGAUCUGGUUAUAAAUUUUUGCAUAUUUUUUCUCGAUUUGGGCCGGUUCAGUCUUCCAUCGCCGUCUUUCUGUUGAUGGAGAACUAUUCUGAUGAGAUGAUUUGUUUAUUUUCUUAAAGAUGAGCUGCGCCGCAGAGUGAACAGAGCGCGGCCGUUUUGUGCAAUACACUCCAUGUUGUCUGUUCACGCCUCCUGCCGCAGUGUUUACCGUCUCUGUACAUUUCUACACCCAGUCCCUGUGAAGGAGGCUCUGUAAGUGUAAGUAGCAUGUUUACAUGACGGAACCGACAGUCUGGCUGCAGGAGAACUGAGUAGCACCGGUAGGAACUGGUAGGAACCGGUUGGAACUGGCUGGAACAGUCGGAACAGAUGAAAUGAACUGGUGGGAAUGAGUCAGGACCAGUUGGAACAGCUUGGAACUGGCCGGAACCAAACCGGAAUCGGUUUGAACCGGUUGGAACUGGCCAGAACCAGCUGGAACCAGUCGAAACCGGUUGGAGCUUGUUGGAACUAGUCUUAACUGGCUGGAACCAUUUGGAACUUGCUGGAACUGGCCAGAACUAGCUGGAACCAGUCGAAACCAGUUGUAGUUGGUCAGAACCAGUCAGAACUGGUUGGAACUGGCUGGAACUGGUCAAAAUCGGUUGGAACCAACUGGAGCUUAUUGGAACUGGUCGGAACCGGUUGGAAUCGGUGCUCCAGACACUGCCCAGUAGCCGGAACCAGAACUGCUCGGUGUUUCCGUGAACUUCUGUACUAACUGUCGGCCCGUUGGGUCUUAACUGUUCUAUAGAUAGAGGUGGUCACCGCCGCCUCGCCCCUCCCCCACUGUGUUCUGUGUUUCUGUGUUGCUCCGGACAUGCAUGAUGAAUCCGUGUGUUUGUGUGUUAGCAGCAUGGUCUACCCUGAUGGAGACGUUUUAUUUUUUUAUUUUUCUAAGUCCGUCUCCUACAUUUGCACAGAAACACAUUUCCUCCGUUCGGCUCAUCCCCCGGUUUGUUUCCUCUGUGAAAUCUCCGUGUCCGUGUUCGUGUCCCCCCUCCCCCACCCAUUGCUCCUGCCCAGGUCUUGCUCUCCAAUGUGUCUCUGUGUGAACUCGUUUUAUGUGAUAAUUAAAAAAAGAUUUGUCUCUGCCUGAACCUUUGUAGGGAAACUGUACGACGGCGAAUUAGGGCCGUUAUUGAUAGAAAAAAAAAAGUUAAUUUUAAAAAUUUAGCAAUUCAGAAAAAGCUCAGAAAUGUUGAGAUUAACCUUAGAAAUAUUUGUAGAAAAAACUUUAAAAUUUCUGAGUUUAAAAUUUGAACACAUUUGAGUUUUGAAAAUUUUAUAAGUUUGAAAACUCUAAAUUUUGGUUUAAAAAAAAACAAAAACAAAAGCUUUGAAAUUUUGAGAUUGAAAAAUCGUUUCAAACGCAGAAAAAAUAGCUGAGUUUGAAAAGUCAGGCUUUUUGAAGAAAAAACUUGUCUGCAAAAUUUGGUAGAAAAUUUUUUUAGAUUAAUCUCAACAUUUCUAGAAAAUCAAAAAUUUGGUAGAAAAAAAAUCUGAAACUUUGAGAAUAAUCUCAAUAAUAAUUUUGACUUUUCAAAUUUGUAUUUUCUAGAAAAUAUCUGAGAUUAAUCUGAAAUUUUCCAAUUUUUGGGUGAACAUUCACUCCUUUUUUUUCUACUUGGAAUGGUCCUACUACGCCGUCUUAAAACUAUGACUGAGUUAUUAUAAUAUAAUGUGAUAGAAAUAUACAUUUAGUCAAUAUUCUGAUAAAUUAACUGAAGUUUUUUGUAUGAAAUGUAACAGAAAAAAUUGAAGAAAAAAAUCUUGUUUUUGAAAACUUGGCAUGAAAUGUAACGUGUUACUGAAAGAAAACGAAGGUCUUUAAUCAAGUGAACUUGACCUUAGUUAAAUAUAGUUUAUUUAUUUUCAAUGUG